GCCGCGGCUCCGGGGACCUGCCGAGAGGGCGCGGGGCUGCUUUGCACCAGCGGAGCUGAGCCCACCCUGACCGGGUGGAGGGAACAGAGGGAGCUCUGCCUUCGCUUGGCGGGGGCAGCGGCGAGCUGAGGAGCAGACCGGCAGCGGCAGCGGAGCCGGGCGGUGCAGCGGACACUGCCCCGCCCGGGGCCGCGGCCCCCCGGGCGGGCGAGGGGCGGAGCGGGGCAGGCGGUGAUCUCCUCCCCCGGGGUAGCUACGGCUCCGACCCGCUGCCGCGGAAACCCCCGGGAGCGCGUUGGGAGUUCGGCGCUCUGCGGCGGGGGGGGCCGCGAGGGCGGAGGCAGGAGGGGAUAAAAACCCCGGCACUGCUGUGACCGGGAGUCUCCUGCCUUCCCUCCCCACUUGCCGCCGGUACCGGGCUUUGGGCUCAGCUCCAUCCCCGGGGACAGCGGGCCAGCUCUGCCUUCGCCCCUGGGGGAGGGCAACGGAGCCGCUACCGCGCUCUCGGCGGCCCCCAACUUCUCCCGGAGGCAGCGGAGCAUGCGGGCCCGGGGCUGGCGGCGGCGGCGGGGCCGGCACCGCGGUCCCCGGACAUGAAGCGGCCGCCUGGAACUCCAGCAAUUAGCACAAAGCUAACUGCACAUAUGAUCUGUGGCAAGAAGCACUGGGAGACAGCUCAGAGGCAGUGACAAUGUCUUUAAACUGGUGGACAACUCCUACUCACCUUGGAGUUUUUAAAGUGAACUGCAGAGGACUGGCAUGUCUCUUGGUCUUCACAGUGAGCGUUUGUGGCAGUGCUCCGGGGAUGUGUCCAGCAGCCUGCAUCUGUGCUAGUGAUAUCGUAAGUUGCACCAAUAAGAACCUCUCUCGAGUGCCAGGAAAUCUUUAUAAAUGUAUGAAAAGGCUGGAUCUGAGUUAUAACAGAAUUGGGUUUUUGGAGCCUGAAUGGGUCCCAGCACUGUUUGAGAAACUGAACACUUUAAUAAUCAAUCAUAAUAGCGUUAGCAGCAUUAUCACUGGAAGCUUUUCCACAACCCCAAAUCUGAAGUACCUAGACUUGUCGUCCAACAGCCUGAAGACGCUGGGCAGCCCUGUGUUUCAGGAGCUAAGGGCACUGGAGGUUCUCCUGCUGUACAACAAUCAGAUUACACAAAUAGAGCCCUCAGCCUUUGGAGGAUUGUACAAAUUACAGAAGCUGUACUUAAGCUAUAACUUGCUCUCACAUUUCCCACUGGACUUGUACACUGGAAAACAUAAACUGACAGACCUUGUGUUGCUGGACAUUUCCUUUAAUCACAUCCAGUUGAUGCCUAUUCAGCGCCUGAGUUCAGUGCCAGCCAAACAUCUUAGUGGAAUUUAUCUUCAUGGCAACCCAUUUUAUUGUGACUGUAUGAUGCAUGCCAUGCUAAUCUUCUGGUAUCAAAGGCACUUCAGCUCAGUGGUGGACUUCAAAGAUGAGUACACCUGUUUGUUGCAGUCAGACCCAAAAGGUUAUCAUAAACUGCCUUUACUGCACGAUAACUUCCUGAAUUGCUCUGAAAGCACCGUCAACAGCUCUUUCCAAGCCUUUGGGUUUAUUCACGAUGCCCAGGUUGGUGACAGGCUGAUUGUACACUGUGACAGCAGAAUCAGUGAUGCAGGCACGCACUUUGUUUGGGUUAGUCCUGACAAUAGAUUGCUGGAGCCAGACAGGGAGACCGACAACUUUAAGGUGUUCCGUAAUGGCAGCUUGGAGAUAACAGAUGCCCAGCUAGAGGACUCAGGGCUGUAUUCCUGCAUUGCAAUAAAUAAGAAAAGACUAUUAAAUGAGACCAUAGAGGUUAGAAUAAAUGUUAGCAAUUUCACAGUGAACAGGUCCCAUGCUCAUGAAGCAUUUAAUACAGCUUUUACCACCCUUGCUGCCUGUGUAGCCAGUAUUGUUUUAGUACUGCUGUAUCUCUAUCUGACCCCAUGUCCGUGUCAAUGUAAGGCAAAAGGGAGGAAGAGGAAGCUAAACCAAAGCGGUGCCCACUCAUCCAUACUGAAUUCCACACUGCCGCAAGAGCUGCCAGCUGAUGAGAAGAAGGCUAGCACUGGUAAACGGGUGGUUUUCCUGGAACCUGUGCAUGAACCAAAACACAGUCAGAACGGAAAAGUAAAACUGUUUCCUAAUGACAAUAUUAUUGCUGAGAGUAUCUUAAAAACUACUCGAACAAAAUCUGACUCUGAUUCUGUCAACUCUAUGUUCUCAGAUACACCUUUCAUGCCGUCAACUUAGUUUGCUACCUGUGUUUGUAUUGUGCAGUUAUAUUUCUGAAUACCUCCUUUGCUUGUAGCAACCAUCAGGAAAAAAAAGCAAAUAAAAAGAAAGAAAAUGUUUUAAAGUAA